GUGACUACAUGCCAACAGAAACGCCGUGCUUCUACGCAGCUGUUGGCCAAAAUCAUACUGACAACGAUACGGAAAACUGACAUAAAAGUAAACAACUCAUUACUCGACGAUUCGCUUCCGUUUUCAGGAAGCACAGCGCAAGACCUGGACGAAAUUCUGCUGCCACUGGAAAUAAAGGGCAUGGACUUAAAUGACUUUGUGGUUCCAAACAACAAGACCAGAUCUGUCAAGCUCAAUGCCAGGAACCUGCAAAAACUGCAACUGGACACCACGGCUCUUGCCAGCGAGAGCAAGGAGAUGGAAGAGAAACUGGAACAGCUGAAAGAAAACAUGAGUAAGGAGAAGGAGGAGAGAGGACAUUUAAGAGACUUUAGGUGGAGAUUUGGACAAUGCAUGUCUUCAGACAGCAACUCUCAACCAAACGGCUUCAAGAGGACAAAUGACAACAAAAUCCAAAAACUUUCAGCGGGCAAACUGAAGAUCAGAGUUCUGAAAGAUGAAUCAUUGUCAGCCCCACCUCAGUCUUCACCUUCAGUCCCGAGCUCUGGUCUUGGAAUGACGAGAAGAAGCAGAGUAAAGGGAACAAUCUCCAGACAGGAAAUCAAGACAGCUAAAUUAACAGACGCACAGGCUCAUGUGAUAUGCCAAGACGUCAGCUGCUUCCAGAGACAGAUUAACCCUGGCUCUUCUCCCAAUGCCUAUAAUCCUGAAUCCACUGCAAGUCCUGAUUCCAAUCACAGCAUCACAUCCCCAACCAUACCCGGAAGAGAAGAUGAGAGCUCAAAGAAAGGAACAAAGGUCAAGGAAAAACAGAUGAAAAGUCCUGAUAUCUGCAGCCAGGUGCCAGUUGUGAAACAUGAACAGGAGAAAGCGGUGGGAGUAACCGCAGAUGAUAGACGUGAAUUGGCCAACCUUUUCACAGGACGGUACAGUGAGGAGGAAUCUGCAAGAUCUUUUCAGGAAGCUCUCAUGGAGUGGAGAAAAGAAAGGAGUGAGGGAAUAGGAAAACUUGUCCUAAACGAUGUACUAUGGACACCCGUGAGACCAGCAUCAGUGUCAGCCAUGUCGACCCAGACUGACCUUUCUCCAGACAGAGAAGCUGAAGGACAAAAAAGAGAAGGAGCAGAAGGAAAGCUAACUGUCAAGCUGGAGUUUUCUGAAAACAGCCUUACCUACAUGGAAAGGUUGGUUCUCAAGAAGCACCGCAGAACACCAGUUGAUAGUCCAUCACUGGCUUUUGGUAUGGAUUUCAAAUCAUUACCUACCACGGACACUGAAGAAGAGAUGGCCAUCAGCCUGACUGCUGAAGAGGAGGAUUUUCAUCAGUACUGCUCAUCACUGUUCAGUGUUCCUGUCAGCCAGGACAGGACUGAGCCACAGCUUUCCACACCUGAAUUGUGUCUUGUCAUAGAAGUCUUGGAUGAGGUAUGCAUAGAUAUGAAGAAAGUGUCUCUUGUUGAAAAGAAGUUGGAUAACAACAGAAUAGUUUCAGCUGUUCAGCAAAUCUCUGGGAUGGAACAGAGUGAAAUGUCCCAAACACCCCUGUUUGUGCAUAGGGCUUUAGAAGCUGAACACUCCUCUCCCCAUCCACCACAAAAUUCAAAAAUUGACAAUUCACUGAAAGGUGAUGAAAAACCAGACUGCUGGGUUUGGAUCAGAGCAGUUCUGUGAUCUGGAUGGGUUUUCGCCUUUAGGUUUGGACACGGAUACCGGUCGCCCCGACCCACCAGAGCAGACUCACUGUGACAGACUUCACACGUGCCAAUUUUCCGUGCAUGACUCAGAAC